GGAAUUUCAUGAAAGUUAAGUUAGCUUUGACAAUUUAGAUAAAAACAUAAACAACUUUCUAGUGGAACCAAAUACACUGUGUCAACUUUUUUGUCUCUAUACAUACCGAAAUGCAAUGAGAAGCAAAUCCCGGGGCUUUCUUUUCUGCACGGCAAUGAAGUCUGUUCAAGUAUUAUUUCUUGUUCUUUUUUUGACAAACACUAGCUUGAGACUUUUAAGAGGUGAUGCUCCCCUCAUACUCGACUACUACAAAGAAACAUGCCCUCAUGCGGAAGACAUUGUGCGACGCAUUGUGGAAAUAGCAGUGCUCAAAGAUCCUCGUAUGGCUGCCUCUCUGCUUCGGUUGCACUUCCAUGACUGUUUCGUCAUGGUCUAUACUCAUUCUCUUAUUUUUUCCUCCAUUUAGUUCAUCUUUCUUUAAUGCAGCAUUUUCGUUCAUUGUAAUCCCAACUGUUGAAUUAGAAGAGUGUCAUUAGGUUAACACUGCAAUUUUGGCUGAUGAAAUUUUGAUUUUCUUCAGUUCUUGCGAAUUUUCCAGGCAAGACUGUAGAGGAACUGUUUCUCAUGGAAGAUGUUCAUAGACAUUUUUCGGGACGCUAUUGAUAUCUAUUUUAGCAGUAGUAUGAAUCUUCCCGGUCCGUUGACUACAAUAAGAUUUGUUUCAUUUAUAUAGUAAAUUUGUUUAAAAUAAUUGCUAGAGAUAUAUCAACUGAGAGAAGAAAAUUCCCUAAGAUACAUCACUGAGUUAAAAUAAUUGCUAGAGAUUUGUUUCACUGAGUUGAAGCAAAUUCCCUAAGAUACAUCAAUAAGUUCUUUAAUUUAAGUUCUUUGGUUUCUGAGUUGAAGUACUCUGAUGUCUUAACGGGAAAGAAGAAUAGAAGAUGGUGGCAAAAUGAUGGCUCACAUGAUUUGUAGGACUCCCUCUUUCCUUCCUAACAUAGUUAAAUGAAAUCUUUGUAGGGAUGUGAUGGAUCAGUUUUGCUUGACAAUUAUGGAGGAAUGCUAAGCGAAAAACAGGCAGGGCCUAAUUUGAAUUCGCUGCGAGGAUUUGAAGUGAUUGAUGAGAUCAAAUACGUAUUGGAGGAUGCUUGUCCUGCAACUGUUUCAUGUGCUGAUAUCUUAGCCCUGGCUGCUCGUGAUGCUGUUGUAUUGAGAGGAGGACCUGGAUGGGGAGUGGAUUUAGGAAGGAGAGACUCUCUAACAGCGAGUUUCAACGGCGCCAACCAAUUCAUUCCAGCUCCAAACUCCACUUUGGAUACCCUCAUUGCCAAUUUUCAGCAACAGGGACUUGACAUUGGAGAUUUAGUUGCAUUAUCAGGGAGCCACACUCUUGGAAAAGCAAGAUGUCUGAGUUUCAGACAGAGGAUCUAUGAUAACAAUGUUGAAGAGAAAUUUGGUUACCACGAAAGGGACGAGCACUACAUCAAAUCAUUGAGAUCCUUAUGCCCCCAAUCAGGCGGAAACAAUGUAUUGGCGCCACUCGAUCUGGUUACGCCUGCUAGGUUUGACAAUCAUUACUUCAUCAAUCUCAUUGAGGGAAGAGGACUUUUGAUCUCAGACAAUGUGCUGUUUGAUCAAGAUCUUCAUUGGGAGAUCAGAAAGCACGUGUUCGCUUACGCUGCUAAUCAGGAUUACUUCUUUGAAUCAUUUGUAAACUCAAUGAUCAAGAUGGGGAACAUCAAUGUACUCACUGGAGUCAAUGGAGAAAUCAGGAGGAACUGCAGAUAUGCUAACUCAUAUACAAAUGGAAAGAAGUAAAUGUAGGACUUUUUAUAAAAAGACAAAUACAAUAAGGACCACAACUGCAAAAAAAAAAACUCGGUAUUACCUAAGAAUUUGCCACAGCUUGGGUGCAGAUCCAUGCUUCGUCAUUAGUUUAUUUGAUUAAUGAUCCUCAACAGUUAGUCUAAUAGGGGAUGUAACUAAAUAUUGAUAAGCUAAUAGUGUGAGUUUUUUGGGAGUAGACCUGAGUUCUACCGCCAAGCAGUUUUAACUGAGUGUUUUACUCAACUUUCAAUGGACUGGAUUUUUUUUUUUUU